AUGGAUUUUGACGAGGGGAACGACUAUAAUGAACGCUGUACACAGUGUGCUGCUGUUUCUUGGGGAAUUACUGAUGAAGGAACAUACUAUUGUACUUCUUGUCUCAAUGUUACAGAGAGGCGUAAGGAAGUUGAAAGCAUUGCGGACUUUACACCUAAUACAAAGAUCCAAGCCAUCAACAGAGGACUUAAAAAAAAAAGGAAACUCGAGAAAGGCUGGGAGUGGUAUGUCUGUGAAGGUUUUCAGUAUAUACUUUAUCAACAAGCUGAGGCCCUUCUAUCUCUGGGAGUGUGCCCCAAAUUAAAGGAUGAAGUAUUGCAUAAUUUUUGGAAGCGUUAUCUUCAGAAGAGCAAGCAGGCAUAUUGCAGGAAGCCAAUUUAUUCCAAUAAUAAUAAAUCUGCAGUAUCUGACAGCCAAAUGAGUCUUUCAGGCUUGGAUAGUGAGCCUGAGCUGCUUAGUAUCUACAGCAGCCAUUUCUCAGGGAGUGAAGCAGAAUCUCAGUCUGAUGUCAGUAGUAGACUGAUUUUUCCCAACAUCAAAACUACACAAUCUGAAACAACUUCAGUCUGUUCUGGAUCAAUCAAUGGAGUUGAAUACUCAAAACAGAAGGAAAAAGGGAUUUUAAAGAUGACUCUGCCAAUGACACUUGCAUUCUGCUAUAUGUCAUUACUUUGGCAAAGGGAAACAAUUACUCUUUCAGAUCUCUUGAGAUUUGUAGAAGAUGGUCAUAUUCCCUACAUAAACACUUACCAGAAUUUUCCAGAGGAGAUGAAGGUAUAUGGAAGAGACAUAAGAAUAUUUUCUAUAGAGUCUUGGCCCAUCUAUGAAGAUAUAUAUGAAAAAGUUAUUGAACUUGGAAAAUUUUUGGACUUGCCUCGUUUUCCAGAUAUAACUGAGAAUUGUUUUCUCCAUCCAAAUAUACUAUGUAUGAAGUAUCUAAUGGAAGCCAAUUUACCUGAUGAAAUGCAUAACCUGACUUGUCAAGUGAUCAAAAUGACUGGCAUAGGAGAAGUAGAUUUCCUGACAUUUGAUCCAAUAACUGAAAAAACAAGGACAGUUAAAUAUGAUGUUCAGGCUGUAGCUGUCAUUGUUGUGGUGCUGAAACUACUCUUUUUAUUGAAUGACAAUGUAGAAUGGUCCCUUUCUAGCCUUGCUCAAGAAAAUAAUGAAAACAACCAUGAAGGUAAGCCAUGUUUUGAGUUCAGAAAGUGGUAUCAGAUUAUGAAGAAAAUAAUUGAUGAAAAACGGCAACAACGAGAGGAAUUCAAAGCAAAGUACCUAUGGAAAAGUGAAAAGCCAUUAUAUUAUUCAUCAGCGGACAGAUCAGUAGUCUAUAAAAGACGACGAAUGGUAAUGAACCUCCAAAAACAGUUUAGCACAUUGGUUGAUUCAGCACCAAAUCCUAAAAAGAAAAACCCAACAAGUUUCCAGUUAAAUUGGGUAAAAGAAGAGCAGAAUGCAACUUGCUUCCAUGGACACAGUCUUCAAGAAAUCCUACAAAAAAAAGGCAAAUCAUUAACAACCUUAAAUUCACAGUAUUGGCUUAGCACUCAGAAGUUCUGUAAGAGUUACUGUAAACAUGUGACUACCUAUGAAGAAUCCAAUUUUUCAAUGAGCUAUCAGUUUAUACUAAAUCUUUUCUCCUUCUUACUGAGGAUAAAAGCUUCACUUCUUCAUGAAGAAGUAAGCUUAAUUGAAAAGAGACUUUUUUACAAAAAAUAUGAGAAUAAAAGUAAAGCUUCCAAAUCAAAAAAAGCAAGAAGAUCUUAAAAAGAUAAAAGUGGAAAUGAUUUUGAGAAAUUUGCUUCUACAUAUCUUCACAGUGGUUUCGCCAUGAAAUUGUACUUCAUUACUUCAAAAGAUUUGCUAUUUCAGUGUGGGCACUCCAUUCCUUGCUGCAGAUGACAACCUUUACAUAUAUCCUAGAAAUUUUCAUGAGUUGCUUUAAGUCAAAAAAAAAAAAUCCUAGUACCCAGCAUUCCUGUGAUAAACAUCAUCAAACUUAGCUAGGAUGAUUCUUAGGCCCAUUUCCAUUGAAGUCUUUUCAGCUUGAUACUAUCUGCCAAGCUGGUGUUCUGCUGUCAGAGAGUAUUCAGAGUCACCUCUACACCAUGAAGAACCAUCAAGAAGAACUUACUCAAAAUAACAUUGUUAUAAAGCCUUUAUAUUAAAAUUUUAGACAAAUGAUUGAGCAAUAGCAAAAUGUUUAGUGAGAUUAUGUUUUUAUUCACCUGUGAAGCAAACAUUAAGACUGUUUAACUUUUGUAUUUCCUAGGUUGGGGCCUUAAUAUAUGUUUGUCAAAUCAGAUUAAAAC